AGUCGAGCGCCCGUCCCCAUGGCCGUGGUGAGGAGGGAGCUGUCGUGCGAGAGCUACCCCAUCGAGCUGCGCUGCCCGGGCACCGACGUCAUCAUGAUCGAGAGCGCCAACUACGGGCGCACCGACGAUAAGAUCUGCGACGCGGACCCGGCGCAGAUGGAGAACACGAGGUGUUACCUGCCUGAUGCGUACAAGAUCAUGUCCCAAAGAUGCAAUAACCGGACCCAGUGUGCUGUCGUGGCCGGACCGGACGUAUUCCCCGACCCUUGUCCCGGGACCUACAAGUACCUGGAGGUCCAGUACGAAUGCGUCCCUUACAAAGUGGAACAAAAAGUAUUCCUGUGCCCAGGGCUUCUGCGCAGGGUGUACCAGAGCGAGCACCUCUUCGAGUCGGACCACCAGUCCGGCGCCUGGUGCAAGGACCCUCUCCAAGCCUCUGAUAAGAUCUACUACAUGCCCUGGACGCCCUAUCGCACCGACACAUUGACUGAGUAUUCAUCCAAAGAGGACUUCAUCGCGGGGAGACCCACGACAACCUACAAGCUCCCACACCGCGUGGACGGAACCGGCUUUGUGGUGUACGACGGGGCGCUCUUUUUCAACAAGGAGCGCACGCGCAAUAUUGUCAAGUUUGACCUGCGGACUCGUAUCAAGAGCGGCGAGGCCAUUAUCGCCAACGCCAACUACCACGACACGUCCCCGUACCGCUGGGGAGGGAAGUCCGACAUCGACUUGGCCGUUGAUGAGAACGGCCUUUGGGUGAUCUACGCCACCGAGCAGAACAACGGGCGGAUCGUCAUCAGCCAGCUCAACCCGUACACGCUGCGCGUCGAGGGGACCUGGGACACGGCGUACGACAAGCGCUCCGCGUCCAACGCCUUCAUGAUUUGUGGGAUCCUGUACGUGGUGAAGACGGUGUACGAGGACGACGACAACGAAGCGACGGGAAACAAGAUCGACUACAUCUACAACACAGAGCUGAGCAAAGAUGGCUUCCUGGACAUCCCAUUCCCCAACUCCUACCAGUACAUCGCCGCAGUGGAUUAUAAUCCCAGAGACAACCUGCUGUACGUUUGGAACAACUACCACGUGGUGAAGUACUCUCUGGACUUUGGAGCGUUGGACAACAGACUCGAAACGUCCUCCUCUGUGAUGGUCUUCAUGGACACAACGACCACGACGGCGAGGACCACCACUCGACCCACCACGGUGACCCUGACGUCCACAGUGGCCAGGACGACCACCACCAAGACGCCAGCCACGACGGCCGCCGGUGCUCAGUGGCCACGGACGACGGCGAAGGUGGUGGCACCGCCGCGGACGCCGCUUGAGGGUUUGUCCCCCGAGGACGAGGACGGAGCGCCGCCGCCCUCCUCCAAGCUGCCCAACAUCCGGGUGGAGUACUGCAACCCGCUGGUGAUGAUGGACAUCUCCUGGCCCAGGACCAAGCAGGGGCUGGUGGCCAAGAUGCUCUGUCCACCUGGAACCAUAGGCGUGGCCUCGUACAUGUGCGUGGGCCCUGAGGGAUACUGGGACCCCCAGGGACCCGACUUCAGCAACUGCACCUCCCCGUGGGUCAACCUCAUCAGCCAGAAGCUUAAAGCCGGCGAGACGGCUGCGGUCAUCGCCAGGGAGUUGGCGGAGCAGACCAAGAGUAAUCUCCAGGCGGGGGACAUCACCUUCACGGUGAAGGCCAUGGUCCAGCUGGUGGAUCUCCUGGACGUCCAGCUGAGGAACCUCACGCCCGGCGGCAAAGACAGCGCCGCCCGGAGCCUCAACAAGCUGCAGAAAAGAGAGCGCUCUUGCCGGUUUUAUGUUCAGGCCAUGGUGGAGACGGUCAACAAUCUGCUGCAGCCACAGGCCCAGGCGGCGUGGAGGGAGCUGAGCACCGGCGAGCAGCUGAGGGCCGCCACCAUGCUGCUGGACACGGUGGAGCAGGGCGCCUUCGUCCUCGCCGACAACCUGCUGAAGACGGACAUCGUGCAGGAGAACACCGAGAACAUCCAGCUGGAGGUUGCAAGGAUGAGCACCGAAGGAAAUUUACCUGAUCUGAAGUUCCCACAAACCGGAGGACAAGGCAACUCCAUCCACCUCUCGGCGAACACGCUGAAGCAGCACGGGCGAAACGGUGAGAUCCGGAUCGCCUUCGUUCUGUACAAGCACAUCGGCAUCUACCUUUCCACGGAGAACGCCAGCAUGAAGUUGGGCAGCGAGGCCCUGGCGACCAACUACUCCGUCAUCGUCAACUCGCCGGUCAUCACGGCGGCCAUCAACAAGGACUCCAACAAGGUCUACCUCUCGGACCCGGUCAUUUUCACCAUCAGGCACCUCCAGCAAUCCAAGGAGAACUUCAACCCCAACUGUUCCUUCUGGAGCUACUCCAAGAGAACCAUGACUGGCAUCUGGUCCACGCAGGACUGCCGCUUGCUGGGCACCAACAGGACCCACACCACCUGCUCCUGCACCCAUCUGACCAACUUCGCCGUCCUCAUGGCCCAUGUGGACGUCAAGCACGCGGACCCGGUUCACGACAUGCUCCUGGACGUCAUCACGUGGGUGGGGAUCCUCCUGUCCCUGGUCUGCCUGCUCGUCAGCCUCUUCACCUUCUGCUUCUUCCGGGGCCUCCAGAGCGACCGCAACACCAUCCACAAGAACCUGUGCAUCAGCCUGUUUGUCGCCGAGUCCCUGUUCCUGGUGGGCAUCAACCGGGGCGACCAGCCGAUUGCCUGUGCCGUCUUCGCCGCCCUGCUCCACUUCUUCUUCCUGGCGGCGUUCACGUGGAUGUUCCUGGAGGGCGUGCAGCUCUACAUCAUGCUGGUGGAGGUGUUCGAGAGCGAGCACUCGCGACGCCGCUACUUCUACCUGGUGGGCUACGGAGUUCCUGCGCUGAUCGUGGCGGUGUCAGCCGCGGUGGACUACCGGAGCUACGGCACGGACCGGAUUUGCUGGCUUCGCCUGGACACCUACUUCAUUUGGAGUUUCAUAGGACCGGCAACCUUGAUAAUUAUGCUCAACGUUAUCUUCCUGGGCAUCGCUCUCUACAAGAUGUUCCACCACACGGCCAUCUUGAAACCAGACUCCGGCUGCCUGGACAACAUCAACUAUCAGGAUUACGAACCUGAGAUCAAAUCCUGGGUGAUCGGGGCCAUCGCCUUGCUGUGCCUGCUGGGCCUGACCUGGGCCUUUGGUCUGAUGUACGUCAACGAGAGCACGGUGGUCAUGGCCUACCUGUUCACCAUCUUCAACUCGCUGCAAGGAAUGUUCAUCUUCAUCUUCCACUGUGUCCUGCAGAAAAAGGUGCGUAAGGAGUACGGUAAAUGCCUGCGUACUCACUGCUGCAGUGCGAAAAGUGUGGACAGCUCCAUCGGCUCUGGGAAAGGCACGGCCUCUCGAGCUCCGGGACGCUACUCCACCGGGUCACAGAGCCGCAUCCGCCGGAUGUGGAACGACACGGUCAGAAAACAGUCGGAGUCCUCUUUCAUGACCGGCGACAUCAACAGCUCUGCGUCCCUUAACAGAGGGGCUAUGGCUAACCAUCUUAUACCAAAUGCACUCCUACGUCCUCAUGGCACUAACAAUCCCUAUAAUACAUUGCUUGGGGAAUCGGCAGUCUAUAACAACCCUCUGGGCAUGUACAACACACAAGAGGGAAUCCUGAACAAUGCCCGGGAUACAAGUGUCAUGGAUACUCUACCACUGAAUGGUAACCACGGCAACAGCUACAGCAUCGCCAGCGCCGAGUACAUGAGCGACUGCGUCCAGAUCAUCGACCGGGGCUACAACCACAAGGAGACCACCCUGGAGAAGAAGAUCCUGAAAGAGCUCACCUCCAAUUAUAUCCCCUCCUACCUCAACAAUUCCCACGAGCGCUCCACCGAGCAGAACCGGAACCUCAUGAACAAGCUGGUCAACAAUGUCAGCAACGGCGGCAAGGACAGCGGCUACGGGAUGGGCUUGGGAGUGGGCAUGGGCAUGAGUGUGGCGCUGAGCCUGGAUGACCACUCCACGUUUGGCCCGCACCACGACGAGGGCCUCGGCCUGGAGUUAAUUCGCGAGGAGUCUCACGCCCCGCUGCUGCCCCAAAGACCGCCCCCUUCCCUGCAGGCAGUGGACAACCUUCACAGUCACCUCCACCCGUCAGCGCCGCCGCCGCCCCUGCCCCACCACCCCUACACGUCCGCCGCCACCUCCUCCUCGUCCCGAAGGAGGAUCCCCCAGGAGAACAGCGAGAGUUUCUUUCCCCUACUCAAUAGCGAGCAUAACGAGGACGAGGGCUCGUCGCCCACCCACAACCACCAGAGAGACUCCCUGUACACCAGCAUGCCCAUGCUGCCUGGCCUUCCUAAUGUGUCUGCAGGUUCCGCCGACAGCUCCAAAGAUGGCGGGGAUGCCAAGAGCCCGGAGGCCAGCUCGGAUGACGUCUACUACAAGAGCAUGCCCAACUUGGGCUCGCGGAACCACCUGCACCAGCUGCACUCCUACUACCAUCUAGGGCGGGGCAGCAGCGAUGGCUUCAUCGUGCCGCCAAACAAAGAGGAUCUAUCCCCAGAAGAAGCCCACCAGGAGCCCUCGCACCUGGUCACCAGCCUAUAGGCCCCAAAAAACAACCCACCAAAUAGUGUCCCCCCUAUUACCGUAGACCUCCUCCUCCGUGUCCUCUUGUUCUAUCAGUCGUUGGCAGUGGUAGCCUUUCUUUUUAUUCAGUGUUCUGAAGACUGAAGCGGAGCGAAACACAAACUGUACUCUCGCUGUUGCCGACCACAAGCAGGAUAGCGUUUGGGACGUUCGGGGGCGAGUUCGUGACUAUGUUUGGUUAGAAA